AUGUAUGAAACCACCACCUCGCUGGACCUGCACCGUCUGAGCCGGCAGAGUCUUCAGAAACGGUACGAGUCCGAUGAGGAAGAUGUAUCGGAAUCCGAUGCCGGCGGGCAAGACUUUGUGCCCUCGCCUGUGGGCUCUCAUCGCGCCGGGACCUUUGAUUCCGACCUCAGUGCCGAUGAUUCUUCACAUUUGGAUCCGGAAUCGGACCAUGAGGAGCAAUUGCUGGCGCCCUUCGCAACCUCCAAACGCCCCCGGCCGGUCUCAGUGGACACAGUCAAGCAGACCAGCGAUGCUUCCUUCGUAGAAGAUGCCUAUGUCUUUCACCCAGAGGAGCCGGUCGUGCUCGAGCUGCCCUCGCCAGACUCUCCUCCAAUGGCCCCCAACUUAUUUCUGCAGCCCGCCAUCUAUGUCUCGCCCAACACGCCGCCGGCGACUCAUACCCAGUCCAGAUCUCCUUCCCCCUCGUCAAUCUUUUCUGUUGAAGAGGCAGAUAUCCAGGUUGCCAAGCAGGUCACGCUCAUGGAGCCGCAGACCCGGCCCACCUUGGUCUUCAUCAACUCGCUCGGGUCACGAUCCAAGGGCUCUAAGUCGCGGCCCAGCGCGCCCCGAUCCCGGGAAAGUAGCUACAGCCGUGAUCAGCGUGCGCGUGGCAGGCGAGAUGGCGAAGACGCAGCCCACCACGAGCCCGGGCCUCAGUUCAAAUCACGUCGGAUUUCUCAGGAUGAUACAGGAUCAGAGCCUCAACCCGCCAGCACCACUGCAUCGCCGAAGACGCAGGACGACAACACACAAACAGUGCCGAGUGCUACCAUCAGCCGUGUGUCCGAAGUCCCAUUGAUGCCUUGUUUCCCGCAACCUCCGAGCACCGGAGCCCCGCCAGGGAACCGAUCUCGUCUGCGGCCAUCAGGCACCGAUAAACCACUUCCGCCCCCGGCCGCAGGAUGGGCACGACGAGCCGAGGCAGGGCGACGACCACCGACGACACGCAGCAACAGCAGCACCAGCGUGCCGCCAUACUCGCCGCGGCCCGUCUCGCCCUUCCUCGGCGACGAGACCCGGCUCGGCUACAUGCCCGACCAGCACAGCGACGCCAGCUCGCUGCUCUCUCGAACCCGCAGCCCCGUCCCUUCAGCUACAUCUCCUCCGCCCUCCCUCGCCUUUUCUAAACGCGGCCCCGCAACCGCAAGUGGCAAUGGAAGCAGCAGUGGUGCCCCAUCCAUCUCAUCCUCAUCCACGUCGUCAGGAUACAGCGUCUCGAACAUGCUAGCCCACCGUUCCCCGCUGAUGAUGCGCCGCAUGACAAGAAAACACUCGGCCGCAUCGAGUAUCCACUCGAUGAGCAGUCUACGCUCCGAGUGCGAUGCCAACGGAUCUGUUGCAUCGGCGCCUGUCUCUGCAGUCCACCAUCAGCCCGCCGUGCAGCCGCUGAUGCUUGAUCCCCAUCAUGCGACAUUGAAUAAUUCUUCUAGUUCUAGCCAGCGCCGCCAUGCGCGCCAUAAUAGUACUACGCCUACCGGGAGGGGCUUCAUGGGUUUGAGGCUCGGCAAGAAGUCGCCUGCGAGGAUUUAG